GUGGUGGACCGACUUGCUACCCAGGAGAUCCCCUCUGUGGUCGGAUACAAACCUCCAGAUUUUCACCCCCGCAGCUACAACCAACCAGAGCCUCGGAUAUAUUUUUCUACAGGUACAUGUUGGACGCGGUGUCCGGGCGGAUAUGUGGCUGGAAUAAAGCGGACAGCAGUGGAGGAUGUUACAGGAUGAAACGUCUCAGGUCGUCGAGCAGCAGCGACAGUUCAGACAAUGAGAGUCCCUCCACCUCCUUCUGCUCCUCCAACAAGUAUGGAGGCGGCAAACCUGGAGCUCCGGCAUCCAACCAGAAGAAACCGGCUGAAGUGUUCAGAAAAGACCUGAUCAGCGCCAUGAAGCUGCCCGACUCCCACCACGUGUCCCCGGAGGACUACUACCUGCUGGCGGACGCCUGGAAGCAGGAGUGGGAGAAGGGGGUCCAGGUGCUGGCGAGUCCAGACACCAUCCCAGAGCCGUCGGUCAGAGUCAUGGAGGAGAAGCCCACAGAGAUCCUCUACACCCACCAGAGGAAGCACAUCCAGUGCUCCAGCCGCGAGUCCACAGAGCCGGGUUACGUGGACAUCAAGGAUCUGGCCGAGGCCAUGUGUCGCUACGACCUGGACGACAUGGACCUCCACUGGCUGCAGGCGCUCAACAGGGAGCUGGAGCGCAUGGGGGAGGAGCCUGUGGACGAGCUGACGAUGGAGCGAGCGAUGGAGGCUCUGGAGAGCCAGUGUCACGACAACAUGAACCACGCCAUCGAGACGGUGGAGGGCCUCGGCAUCGAGUACGACGAGGACGUCAUCUGUGACGUGUGCCGCUCGCCCGACAGCGAGGAGGGAAACGACAUGGUGUUCUGUGACAAGUGCAACAUCUGUGUGCACCAGGCCUGCUAUGGAAUCGUCAAAGUGCCCGUAGGGAACUGGCUCUGCAGGACGUGCGUCCUCGGCAUCGACCCUCAGUGUCUCCUCUGUCCUCAGAAGGGUGGAGCCAUGAAGGCCACCAGAGCCGGGACCAAGUGGGCUCAUGUGAGCUGUGCUCUGUGGAUCCCAGAGGUGAGCAUCGCUUGUCCCGAGAGGAUGGAGCCCAUCACCAAAGUGUCCCACAUCCCGCCCAGCCGCUGGUCGCUCAUCUGCAGUCUGUGUAAAUGGAAGACCGGCGCUUGUAUCCAGGUGAGUGCAGCUAGUUAG